UGAAAGCUGCUGCUUUAGUUCAUGAGCAAACCAAGACUGAAUGUUUAAUUGUGUGUAUGCUGUAAGGACAGGUCAUGCGAGAGAGCACAUUUUGUGCCAGAUAACAAUGUUCUUGCACAUUAUCAGCUUGGAGUAGUCAAUGGCUUCAGUUGAAAUAUAGGAAGCAAACUGUACUUAUUAUUUUGUAUUUUGGGGGUGGACUAGGUAGGUAUCAGUAGUAUAGAUGUUUUUACAAGUAAUUGCAUGCAGAUGUUUAGAUUUUGUUUGUACAUCUUGAGUAUUCCUAGCUUCAUGGUAAUAAACUGAGCAUUUCAAUUCAUAUCUUCACGAUGGUACUUAUAGAGCUAGAAAUUGCCUUUAAUUCAUAAGUGUCUUAUAGAAAAUAUUUAAUUUUUGCAGCUUGCUCUGAUAAAAAUGUCUGACUGUUAGCUUAUAGAUAUAAGCAUUAAGCUGGGUAGCUAGUGAAUAUCAGAAGGUUUAGUGAUCGGUUUUGACAAGCAUUCAACAUUUAUCUGGAUCUUUCCAGUAUCAAAUCAGGCAUGAAGUCUUGUGAGGAAAACCUGUUCUCACAAGGCUUUUGAUUCUCCUGUGUCCAGACUGAUGGAAGCUACUGAAAAGCUUUCCCAUUUCUGCUCCUUUUCCUUCUUAACUGCGGUCUCUUUAUCACUCUGUGUUUGUCUUCCUUUACUAUGGGUACAGUGACAAAUCUUUAGUUUACCUGAAAAUUUGAAGAGUUUUUCAAACUGUUCAUCUUCAGCUUUAAAAUAGAUUUGAAUCAGAAAGAAGUUUGAAAGUAUUUGACUCAGAAGAUUGAGAUUGGAAUACUGUGGACUGAUAUUUACUUCAGCCAAAUAUUCAGAAAUCCUUUCCAUGACUCAUCUUUGCACUUUUUCAUUAAAAGAGGGAAAAAAAGAAUUGCUUACUGAAGUGUCCCAGGCUUUGUUUCUCUACUGUCGAUAUCUCAGAGUGGUCUGUUUCUGCUUUGGUUUUGCUUUUACACUAACUGGGACUACAACUCCCUUCUCAGUAGACCUGAAAACAUAGUGAAAUCUUAUUAAAAUGAAAAUCAUAACUAAAUUUACAACUGAAGUUAGUUCACUUGGAUGACAGUCCCUAGCAGUUAUCUUUAAUUGAUCUACAAACUAAUAACUGCUAUUUUUCUUUCGAAUAACUACACUGAAAGAAUGUAGUCAAGAAGACUACAGUCAGGGAAAGAGGUCAAUAAUGGUGAGACACAGAACGACUUUGAAACUGGGGGAUGACUGGGCCAAGGUGUCAUCUCUUCCAGAAACUGGACUGAUCAGUCUGGAUUCUGGUUUCACGUAUGUUCAUUUUUUAUUAUAUUUUUUCCCCCAAAGUUUUCUGACUGUUGAGAACUUCCUCUCUCACCAAGCUUUCUCUUCACUUCCUCUCUGCUUCUCUCCCAUUCUUUCUUCCCUCAGGUACUUUUUAAACCAUUUUCAAAGCUGAAAUUGCAAAUGACAUUUUUGCGUCCUGAAUGACAAUGACGGGCUCUGUUUGAAUAGCUGAAUGUUUCAAUGGCAAAUAUGAGAUGGAGUUCCCUAAAGCCCAAAGCCUAUGAAACCAUCCAUGAUCUGAAUAGAACCAAUUACUUCUGCUGCUCCCAGCCUAGUCUCUCCUUGGAAGGUUCCUUUGUUAUUUUUUUAAGGUCCAAAUCAAUGCAGCCUUAUUGUAGACAGGCCAUUUUAUCUUCUUCUUUGAAAGAAGAAUUUUGCUGCAAGACUGCCUACAGAGGUUAUAGACCAGAUACAUCAUCUUCCAAUAUGGGAAUGUAAAAUAUUCAGCCAGUUGUAUCAUUGCAACCUACUUAAUUUUCACAAAGGCACUUUGCAUCCACAUUUUGCCUGGUGUAUUGGUCUGCUGUGGUCCUUUCUUGUGUGUACUCUCACUUAAUAUGAGAAUAUGAUGUAUGCACAUUGCAAAAUUGUUUAGCAGACCUUGCCAUUUAACCCCUGUGUGUGUGUGCUCAACUGAAAGCCAGUGGCUGGUAGGGUUGUUGUCAGACUGAGCAUGCUACUGGUAUUUCUGUACAUCAUGCAGGUGGCUCAGGGGACAGCUUGAAUGUGAGUAGCCAGAACUGUCAGAAAUUAUGAUGUUCUGGAUGCUCCAUUGGAAUCAGAUGGCUCAAAUGCAUUGGGGUUUCAGUGAAGUCCUAACAGAGAACUCUUCUGCUUGUGCUUUCUCCAGUGAAAUGUGAAGUGUUGAGCUAGUGCAUACUGUUGCCAUAUCUCUGUUAACUUCAAGAGAUCUUCCUCAUAGAGUCUGUGUGGUAGCUGCGGAAGGCUAAGAGUAAGGAUAAUCAACCUGAUACAGUCAACCAGUACAGGAUCUAAACUCAGUUUAAGAACUUAUUUUAAGCCCAUCUUAAGAUUUCUGACCCUUAAUCACAGCUAUAGUAAUAGCUGCACAGGAUAUUUUUUUUCCAGAGAAGACAUAAUUAUCUGGAAAUUCUAACUCCAGUGUCUUGCUGCAAAAUGAUUGGAUUUUCUAGGAAGAAUUAAAUAAUUUCUGUCCACUUAAUCUAAAACAUUCUAUUUUAAUAAACCAAAAAACAAAAUAAAACAAAACAAAAAACAUUAAAGGGGAUUCUCCUUGGUUGAUGACCUUAACUAGCUUUGGUUGUAGUUGAAGCCUGGUCAUACUUGAUUUUUCAGAUUUGAAAAGUAGCAUUCUGACUGAUUUAAUGUACUCUCUGUUGAAGUUAUCAUAUAGUUUUGUUUCUUCACUUUGACAGAUUGUUUAAUUUAGGUUUCAGUCAAGUAGUUCCCUGAGCGCAGAACCAGUGAACCCUGCUUUCAUGCAAAAUUGUGUCCCUUCCUUAAACCUAGCUCAGGACUAUGAUUACACUGCCUAGUCAGCUGGCUGAUGUAAAAAAGGUUAUAUACCCACUGAAAGUUGGUCCCUUGACUUUCAGUGCCGCAGAAGAACAGAUUAAAGACUUAUCCUUUUCAUCUGAAGUUGCUGCUAUUGUUUUAAAUAAAUUAAAAUGAACAGAAACUUGCUUGAGAAUCCUUUAAAUGAAACUGAAAUCUGUCAAGGGCUGCUAGAGUUAUAUAGUUGAGUAAAGAAGGUUAAAGGUAUAAGAAGAUGGCAUCUUUAUUCUAUAUGGUAUAGCAUUGUAUCUCUUAAGCCCCAAACAUAUUUUAGGCUUCAAAAUGGGAAAUAAAGCAAUUCUGAAAGAGCUGCCUAAAGAAAUCUGUCAUGAACUUCUCCAAAACGGUCUCAAAUGAAUACUUACACAUUUCUAUUAGUCGCUGUCUCUCUUCUAAACAAAGAGAUUAGAGUAUUGUCAUUUUUAACAGAAUUUCAGAACUUCAGUCCCAAUACAAGCAAAUUUCCUUCAUUUCCUUCUUUUUUUUUUUUUUUUCUUUUCCUUCCCCUCCCUCAAGACAUUUGUACUUCUCUCUUCAAUUUUUCUUUAAUGACAUCAGAUGCUAUUUUCCACCGAACAACUUCCCCAAUUACUCACAUGGUAUUCUUAAGGGCAACCGUGAGCAGCUAGUCCCUGCUCAAUACUGGUCUCAUCUCUCUUACUUUCACUUCAGGGCUUCAGUCUCUUCUGGCUGAUACCUCAGCCAAGAUGGGUUGCAGGGAACUGAGCAAUUGCAUUACGGUUUUUCACUGUGCUUCAGCUGUGACUUAGGUUUUCACAGAAUUAGAACAAAGUGCCUUAUACAAUGCUUUGGGAAUGUAUUUUGGUCCAUUUCGUAUGGCUUUAGGAACAUCUUCAGGCAGAUAUUCUUCCCUGUCCAGCUGUUUUGCUGAGCUUUCUGCACAUGUUCAAUCCAAUGUCUUUUUGGGGGACAUCCUUUCUUGGGUUUCACUACAGUACAGAAGACUAACUGUUUGCAGCAUAGCAAUGUCUGGUGCUAUAAAGCAAUUAAAAAAAAAAAAAAGUAUUGUGUGAAGACCCCCAAUAUGAAAUGAUCCUGUCUGGUAAUACACUGGGGAUUCUGCAGGCUGAGAUUCCUUAUUGCUUUGUUGUGUUUGCUUUUCAUCUUCCAGUUUAAAUUCAGAGUCUCCCUAAUGCUGUUAUGUAUUUCACAAUAUUGAUUUUUUUUAGCUGUCUUCAUUUAAUAUUUUUCCUUUUUACUUUUCUUUUUUUCUUUUCCUUUUUAGACCAACCUUCACAUCAUAGAUGUGAAGAAAGAAUAGAUACAGAAAUUGCUUUUAGUUAGAGAGUAUGUAAUUUACUCUUUCGCUACAGGGGGAAGAAAAAAUUACCACAGAAAAAGAAACACAUGAAAGGCCAAACAGUAUCUGGAGCUGUGUAAUCAUCGGGAUAUGUAUAUAUAUAUAUUAUAUAUAUAUAUAUAUAUGUUUUUUUUUUUUUUUGUCUUGUUCCUUCAGUUUCCUAGUCAAUUAUUUGAUGCGCUUGCCUGUCUGAGCUAUGACCUUCCAGAAAGGCCCUCUCCUCCAGUCCCCGCACACGACUUGUCAACACAUUAGUCAUAUACAACUCAGCUGAUGCCAAACGGACGCAGUUCAGCCAACUAUUGAGAGGCUGGAUAUUCUGCUGCCUUCUUCUAUUGGUCUUGGUUUUUUCCACUGUGGAGACUUUGUGGCGCUUUAAGACUGCAGAGGGCUGGGGUUAAGGCUCCUCUCCGCUGUGCUGGGAGGCAGGGGAGGUUAGCGGCGGGAUCAAUGUGAUUAGAGCUGCAGGAGAGGGAAGAUGUGCCCGCCCGCCUGCCUGCCUGCCGCCGGGCCGACGGGAGGUGUGUGAGGAGCCGGCUCGCCGCGGCUCGGGGCUGGCCGCUGCCGGGGAUGCUCGUGUGCUUGCGCCGGAGGAUUUGGUCACCUGUGGCCCUGCCUGCGCCACCAACCUGCGGGCGCCUCCCCGAGCCAAGGACACACCUGGGCGCCGCGCAGCCGCCCCCCGCCCCCGCCGCCGGCUGCCUCUUCCCCCGCCCGAGAGCCGGGCGGCGAGUGUCGGCGGAGCCGCGGGGCUGCAGGCGGGGCUGAGCGCUCGCUCGCUGGGCGGACGAGCGGCCCCGCAGGCUCCGAGCAGCCACCAGCAGCCAAGGGAGGCGGCGGCCGGACCCGCUGCGCUCUGCCUGGCAGCUCCGGCCCGGCCGUGGGCGCGGCGGGCGAGGGCGAGCCCGGAGCGGGGAGCGGGGGAGCGGCGGGGGCAUGUGGAUGUUGGCCGUCGCCUUGCUCCACAGCAUCUCGCAUGAUGAUGCUGAUCCCUCCAGGACACGAGAUCCUGCAGAGAGCAAGCCCAAGCCUGAUCCAGCAUGUUUUCAGUGAAGAUCUACACACCAGUCUAUAUUUUGUCAAUGCAUCUCUGCAAGAGGUAGUGUUUGCUAGCACCACAGGGACACUGGUACCCUGUCCAGCAGCAGGGAUUCCCCCUGUGACUCUCAGAUGGUACCUAGCAACGGGCGAGGAGAUCUACGAUGUCCCAGGGAUCCGCCACGUCCACCCCAAUGGCACUCUCCAAAUUUUCCCCUUCCCUCCUUCAAGCUUUAAUAACUUAAUCCAUGAUAACACUUACUAUUGCACAGCUGAAAAUCCUUCAGGGAAAAUCAGAAGUCAGGAUGUUCACAUUAAGGCUGUUUUACGGGAACCCUAUACAGUCCGUGUGGAGGACCAGAAAGCCAUGAGAGGCAAUGUAGCAGUGUUCAAGUGCAUUAUCCCCUCCUCUGUGGAGGCAUACAUCACUGUUGUCUCAUGGGAGAAAGACACAGUCUCGCUUGUCUCAGGACCUAGAUUUCUCAUCACAUCCACGGGAGCCUUGUAUAUUUUAGAUGUACAGAAUGAAGAUGGACUGUACAACUACCGAUGCAUCACAAGGCACAGAUACACUGGAGAAACACGACAAAGCAACAGUGCAAGACUUUUUGUAUCAGAUCCAGCGAACUCAGCUCCAUCUAUUCUAGAUGGGUUUGACCACCGUAAAGCCAUGGCAGGACAGCGAGUGGAGCUGCCUUGCAAAGCAUCAGGGCACCCUGCACCAAAGUAUCGUUGGCUGAAGGACAAUGUUCCCUGGGAGCCUGACAGCAGAUUUCGGCAGACGGUUACAGGUCUGCUGAUCGAGAACACGCGUCCCUCGGACUCAGGCAACUAUGUCUGUGAGGUGUGGAACAACUAUGGGACUGCUGAGAUGAUAGGGCGUCUAUAUGUAACACAACCACUAAAAGCCACGAUCAGCCCACGGAAAGUAAAAAGCAGUGUUGGUAGUCAAGUGUCCUUGUCCUGCAGUGUGACGGGAACUGAGGACCAGGAGCUCUCCUGGUAUCGUAAUGGUGAAAUCAUCAACCCUGGUAACAAUGUUCGGAUCACUGGCAUCAAUCGGGAGAACCUUAUUAUGGAUGGCAUGGCCAAAAGUGAUGGUGGAGCUUACCAGUGCUUUGUGCGCAAGGACAAGAUGUCUGCUCAAGACUAUGUACAGGUGGUACUAGAAGAUGGAACUCCCAAAAUCAUUUCUGCCUUCAAUGAGAAAGUGGUGAGUCCAGGAGAGCCAGUCUCUCUUAUGUGUAAUGUGAAGGGGACUCCUCUGCCUACAAUCACUUGGACUCUGGAUGAAGAUCCCAUUGUGAAGGACGGCAGUCAUCGUAUCAGCCAGAUUAUCACCUCCGAAGGCAACGUGGUCAGUUACCUGAAUAUCUCUAAUGCUCAGGUCCGAGAUGGUGGAGUUUAUCGCUGUACUGCCAACAACUCUGCUGGAGUCGUCCUGUACCAGGCUCGAAUAAACGUAAGAGGACCAGCAAGCAUUCGACCAAUGAAGAACAUCACAGCAAUAGCUGGACGUGACACCUACAUCCACUGCCGUGUGAUCGGCUACCCGUAUUACUCCAUCAAGUGGUACAAGAACUCUAACCUGCUACCAUUUAACCAUCGCCAAGUGGCAUUUGAGAACAACGGGACACUGAAACUUUCAGAUGUGCAGAAGGAAGUAGACGAGGGCGAAUACACUUGCAAUGUACUUGUUCAACCGCAGCUGUCCACCAGCCAGAGUGUGCAUGUGACAGUAAAAGUUCCCCCUUUUAUUCAGCCUUUUGAGUUUCCAAGAUUCUCCAUUGGGCAACGGGUCUUCAUUCCCUGUGUGGUGGUGUCCGGAGAUUUGCCCAUCACAAUCACCUGGCAGAAGGACGGCAGGCCCAUCCCAGCGAGCCUCGGGGUGACGAUUGACAACAUUGACUUCACCAGCUCCUUAAGGAUUUCUAAUCUUUCACUGAUGCAUAAUGGGAAUUAUACCUGUAUAGCUAGAAAUGAUGCAGCAGCUGUGGAACACCAAAGCCAAUUAAUUGUGAGAGUGCCCCCCAGGUUUGUGGUUCAGCCCAGUGAUCAGGAUGGGAUCUAUGGAAAAGCUGUAAUUCUCAACUGCUCUGCAGAGGGUUAUCCCGUUCCUACCAUUGUCUGGAAGUACUCAAAAGGUGCCGGAGUUCCUCAGUUCCAGCCAAUUGCACUGAACGGUCGUAUCCAGCUUCUCACAAAUGGUUCCUUGCUGAUUAAACAUGUGCUGGAAGAAGACAGUGGAUACUACCUCUGCAAGGUCAGCAAUGAUGUGGGAGCAGACGUCAGCAAGUCCAUGUACCUCACUGUUAAAAGAUUUUUAUCUAUGUGAAGAGCUGGUGGAAUAACAGAAGAAGAGGCUGAUUGGGAAAGGAAGCCUGGUUACAGUGGAAAAGUGAACCUAAUGCCCUGUUCCUUCAGUUACCCUGGGUCUUGGUUGUGGUAAUUCACACGUUGCCCCUCUGCUGCCUCUGCCUCCCUUAUAAUGCCUCUCAUCCAUGUUGACCACAUCAUCUUCCAGGCAAGAUUUGUUUCUCUCUGUCUUCAGACAACUCAUGGAACAAAGAGGCCCUGAUCACUUACGUAGCUACUACUGCAAAAUAAAUAAAAGAUAAUAGUAGUUAUAAAUACAAAUAAAUCCCAAGAUGCUUAUGAAGGAGAUUCUGAAUCCAGUGAAGCUGUUUCCUCCACUUCUAGCUAACAGUUGUUCUACUGAACAUGGUUGAAGCACUGCGGCAUCUGUUGAUUAAAAUGGAUAGAAGUCUAUGCCUGUCUUCCUCUGUGAAACGUGAUCUGGACAGGAUAAAGGCACUUCCCCUGUGGCCAGUCAAAUGAGUUUGCUUUGCUGCAACACCUGCAGUAAAGUGAGCAAGCUGUGAUGGAGAACUCACUGUGCUCUGCUCACCCAGGUGCCUCUAAAUACUCAUUUUAGUCUUUAGGAAAACAAUUCCUUGUUGAGAAUAUAGGAAUGUUGAGAUCUGACUGACUGCUGCUUUUCCUUGUGUAUGAAAAGAAUAACUUUUAUGCAUAGAUGCUUUUUGUUUAUGUUCAAUUUCUCAUUAAAAAUGUAUAUACCCCACAAGAUGUCAAUAAGGGUGGCAUUGCCUGUUCUGCACUUAUAAAGGUAGGUUAUCCAUGACAUGUUGUAAAGGAAGAUGAAAGUCUUGAUCUAUAACACCUUCAAAAAAUACUUAUAGGAAAAACUGCAAUCAUACUAUGUGAAAUUCACCCAAGCCCAGUUAUGUUGAUAUUUCUUAAUCUGCCUUUGCUUCAUUUUUUUGCAGUCCCAUGUUCUGUAAAUAGUGUUUUCUGCGGCAAAACAAAACAAAGUUACCUGGUCUGAUUAUGUACUCUGUAUUACUGUUUUCUUCUCCUAACAUUCUGCCAUCAUUACACAAAGGGCUUUUUCAUUUAUUUGCUGCUUUGUAAUUAUUUUGCAGUUAUCUUAAGUGCAUUUUUGUCCAAUGAUCAAUUUUGACAAAAACUGGCAAAAAUCUCUAGCUAAAUUACUUGCAUAUCUCUUUAGGAUGAAGAGUAAGAGAAAACAAAACAAAACAGUGAACAGAAACCACUCUCGUACCCCAGAGUUUGCUUUCUUAUGAGCUGGUUAGGUGCCCUUGUCUACCUUUGCCCUUACAGGCAGCUCUCUCUUUCACCAUCUGUUUCUUGGCAAAAAAAAAAAAAAAAAAAAAAAAGGCAAAGAUUGUAUUAAAUAAGAGGAUGCAAAUGAACUACAGUACAGCUCAGUUUAAAUUCCAAGUCAGUUGUGAUGGAUUGUAACAGUCUCGAUCUGUUUUAAUUACUUAUAUAUUUUAAUUAAAUGCACAGUCUAAAAGAUGCUGUAAGAGAGCUUCGGUAAAUCUCAGAACCACGAAAACUCUCUAGACACAAGUACUUUCUCUUGUUGGUAAAAUAGCUCAUUUUUUUCCUAAUGAGGUCCUCCCACUAUGAGAAACGCACAGGGUCUGAAUGCUGUUUGCUGCCUCUUCAGACCAUUCACACAGCUUUGAUUUAGGGACUUGCACUUUAAUCACCCAUCAUGUGUCAUUACCCCGACAGGCGGCAGCAGCUGCGAGAUACAAGCUCCAAUAAAUUGCACUGAAAAUCGCUGAAGCGAUCCUUUGUUGAUUUUCCUUUACAGCUAUUCAAUGGCAGAUCAGCUGUCAUAACAACACAGUGCCUGUGGCAACAGGGUGAAAUUAAACGUGAAGUAUGUUCAAGGUAGCUGGUAGAAAGCUGGAAUAUCCUUUUUCUUCUGUACAUUCAAGUGCUUUCUGUUUCUCUCAGUAAUGCCAAGCCUGUGGCAAUUGGCUAAAACGAAUGCUUACUCUUGUAAGAUAAUUGCCAGAUGUACUGCAGUACAAAUAGUCAAGUGCUUUUGUAUGCAAAUCUUUGCAAUACUCUCAUUUAAGGAAAAGAGAGGAGGUAAGAACUUUUUACUUUUUUUAAAAAAAAAAAGAUAUAUUUUUUUUUUUCUAAUUGGGUGCAAGGAGAAAAAGAAUAUAACAGCCCUUUUUUUCUUCAAGGCUGGCUGCACAGCAGCGUUUCUAGAAGGAAGGUGAAACAGAUUUGUAUCCAGCUUGCUAGCCAGAAAGUGCACGCAGGCUCUGCUGUAUCUUUCCCAUUUGUAUCAAUAGUAUCAUAUGGGUGUUUUUUUAGCAUAGUUGUCUCUUUCAGCUUUUUGUUGCCUCUUUCAACUUUUCGUUGCCCAAAUAUCAACAUUCAAAAAGAAGCAUGGGUGAUUUUUAUUUUCAGAAGUUUUCUCUCUGUUGAAAUUUCCAUAGUGAAUAUAGAAUAUUGAGCCUUUCCUGAAAAAAUGACCCAUUUAACAAAGCUGUGAUCAUUUCAACUUUGAAUACCUUCACAUCUUCACAUUUCUUAGAUAGCCUUGUAGGGGCUAGAGUUCACAAGAUAAGUACUAUACCUAAUGUGUUAAUUUCUCCCUUUACUGAACACAUUAAUAAUACUUAAAUACAGCCAAAUGACAGGUAUUUUAACAGUGUGUGCUCCUUUCUCAAUCUUAAUACCUCAUAUUAAUACCUGUUAAAUUACUUGUUUAUUCAGAGAAGGUUUCACGUGGCCCUCAUAUUGCAAUGAACUCCAUGUCCAGGUUUGGUCAGCUGUUGUCAGCAGACUUAUAACCAACAGAGAUAAUUUCAGAUCAAGGAUUAUAGCUCCUGUGUCUCUGAACACUGCUGAAACAAGACUUGAAAACAAUGUCUGCUCUGCUCUCCUCCAGUUCAAAUGGUGGUGUUGCAGUGACUGAUACAAGCUAGACAGAUAAACCAUUCAUAAUAAUCUUCAUCAAGAAAGUAAGCCCACAAAUUUCAGUAUACUGUAUUUGAGACAAUACUGCAGAUGCAACUGUGCUUGAAUAUAAUAAAUUAUAAUCCUGAAAGGCUCUUAUGUGGGAGGAAAAAUUCUGGAAAUUAUUUUUGCUCAUAAUUUGGAAGAUGGUUUUCUUGAAAGAUAAUUUAAAAUGUAACUAACCAGAAUUAAGCUUACCUUCACAUGAAAUGUGAAUGAAGACCCUUCUGGAACACAAUGUCUCAGUUACCUUUUGAGGACACUAUACACCAGUAAGAAUAGGACUGUUGACAGCCAGAUUUUCAGAAUUACUCAUCUUUGAGUUACUCAUUACUCAUCUACCAGGUUUAAUAUAGUAAAUAUUACUGUUCCUCCUAGUUUAACAGGACAGAUGGAUUACCCUCAGAUCUCUGAUGUUCAUUGCUGUCUCCCUGUCCCACCUCUGUUUGCAAAGAGAUUGAGUGCCCUGCUCCUGUCUCUGCCACCAUGCGCCUCCUGGGCUCCAUGCCACCCCUGAGCCUCUUUUGGGAGAGUGGGCAGAAACAAUCCGAGGGUGCAAGUCACUGCUUAACCCAUAGCUGCUCAGCCAGCUCCUUUGGGUGGAACAGCUUUGCAAGGCACACUCAGAUCUUCAUAUUCAGAAGCACAGCAGUGGAGCACUAAGUGUUUGGAGCUGGAUCUCACAUCAUUUAGAGGCUGUGGUGACACCUACCAUGUGAAUCUGGAACUGGAAGACAGGGAGAUAUAUGAGUAGACACGGUAAUUAAAUUUGAAUAUUCAUGUCAGAAAUUCUAAUCAGAUUACACCAGUCAAAUGAGCAAAAAAGUCUUCACAAAAUUUUCUGAUGUUUUCUUAAAAUUAUGAAGUGAUUCUAAAUCUUAAAGUCAGCUACACAGAAGUAUGUCUUAAUGCAAAUACUGUUAGUACAGUGUUGUAUUGUAAUAGGUUAUUUUUUUUUUCCUUUAAUCCAUGCAGUAGAAGAGUAAUGACUAAACACUCACAAUGCCUAUAAUACAGUAAUAAUGUUUACUGGUUUAUCUAGAAUCAACUUGAUUUCGAAUGCAGCAUGUAUAUAGGCACACAGUCUCAUCUGCCUUGUGUAUAGAAUCACAGAGUCAUAGAACCAUUUAGGUAAAGGAAUAUUUUCUAAUUUCCAAUCUAAACAUUCCCUGGCACAACUUGAGGCCAUUUCCUCUUAUCGUAUCACUUGUUACUAGGGAGAAGAGGCCAACACUCUCCAUGCUACAACCUCCUUUCACAUAGUUGUAGAGAGCAAUAAGGUCUCCCCUCAGUCUCCUUUUCUCCAGACUAGACAACCCCAAUUCCUUUAGCCACUCCUUGUCAGACUUGUGCUGCAGACCCUUCACAGCUUUGUUGCCCUUCUCUGAACUUUGUCCAGCACCUCAAUGUCUUUUUUGUAGUGAGGGGCCCAAAACUUAACACAGUAUUCAAGAUGGAGCCUCAAAAGUGCCAAGUACAGGGAGACAAUCACUUCUCUAGUCCUGCUGGCCACACUAGUUCUGAUAGAAGCCAGGAUGCUCUUGGCCUUUUUGGCCACCUGGGCACACUGCUGGCUCAUGUUCAGCUGCUGUUGACCAACAACCCCAGGUCCUUUUCCACCAGGCAGCUUUCCAACCACUCUUCCCCAAACCUGUAGCAUUUCAUAGGGCUGUUGUGACGCAAGUGCAGGACCCAGCACUUGGCCUUGUUGAACCUCAUACAACUGGCCUCAUUCCAUUAAUCCAGCCUGUCCAGAUCCCUCCCUAAAGCCUUUCUACCCUCCAGCAGAUCAAGACCCUCACCCAGCUUGGUGUCAGCUGCAAACUUACUGAGGGUGCACUCAAUCCCUUCAUCCAGAUCAUUGAUAAAAUAUUAAACAGAACUCACCCAAAUACCGAGCCCUGGGGAACACCACUUGUGACUGGCUGCCAAAUGGAUUCAACCCUAUUCACCACAGCCACAUAGUCACAGCCAGUUUUUUACCCAGCGAAGAGUUCACCUGUCCAAACCAUGAGCAGCCAGUUUCUCCACGAGGAUGCUAUAGGAAACAGUGUCUAAAGCUUUACCAAAGUUCAGGUAGACAACAUCCAAAGCCUGUCCCUCAUCCACCAAGUGGGUCACAGAAGGUCAUCAGGCUGGUCAAGCAGCACCUGCCUUUCAUACACCCAUGCUGACUCGGAGUGAUAGCCUGGUUGUCCUGCAUUGUGCUGUGAUGGCACUCAAGAUGAUCCGCUCCAUAACCUUUCCUGGCACCAAGGUCAGACUGACAGGCCUGUAACUCCCCAGAUCCUCCUUCUGGCCUUUCUUGUAGAUGGGCAUCACAUUUCCUAACUUCCACUCAACUGGGACCUCCCUGGUUAGCCAGGCCUGCUGAUAAGUGAUUGAAAGUGGCCUGGUGAGCACCUCUGCCAGAUCCCUCAGCAUCCUUCAGUGGAUCUCAUCCAACCCCACAGACUUGUGUUUGCCUGAGUGGUGUAGCAGGUCAUUAACCAUUUCCUCUUGGAUUACAGGGGCUCCAUUCUGCUCCCCAUCCCUGUUUCCCAUCUCAAGGAGCUUGGUACCCAGAGAACAGUCCAGCGUAGGGCAACAAAGAUGACUAAGAGUGUGGAGCACCUCCCUUAUGAAGAAAGGCUGAGGGAGCUGGGUCUCUUUAGUUUGGAGGAGACUAAUGGGGGGACCUUAUUAAUGUCUAUAAGUAUAUAAAAGGUGAGUGCCAUGAGGAUGGAACCAGGUUCUUCUCGGUGGCAAACAAUGAUACGACAAGGGAUCAAGCUGGAACACAAGAGGUUCCACUUAAAUUUGAGAGGAAACUUCUUCUCAGUGAGGGUGACAGAGCACUGGAACAGGCUGCCCAGGGAGGUUGUGGAGUCUCCUUCCCUGGAGAUUCAAAACCCACCUGGACAUGUUCCUGUGUGACCUCAUCUAGGCAUUUCUGCUCUGACAGGGGGAUUGGACUAGAUGAUCUUCUGAGGUCCCUUCCAAUUCCAAACAUACUGUGAUACUGUGAUAAAGGCUGAGGCAAAAAAGACAUUAAGUACCUUAGCCUUUUCCUCAUGUUUUGUCCCUGUGUUUCCCCUCACACCCAAUAAAGGAUGGUGAUUGUCAUUAGCCCUCCUUUUGUUGCUAAUGUAUUUAUAAAAUGGUGUUUUUAUUGUCUUUUAUGGCAGUAGCAAGAUUAAGUUAUAGUUGGGUUUUGGUCUUUCUAUUUUUCUCCCUGCGUAACCUCACAACAUCUUUGUGGUCCUCCUGAGUCGCCUGCCCCUUCUACCAAAGAUCAUAAGCUCUACUUUUUUUUUUUCAUGAGGUGCAGCCAAAGCUCUCUGUUCAGCCAGGCUAGUCUUUGCCUCUGGCUCACCUUUUGGCACAUGGGGAGGGCCUGCUCCUGUGCCUGUGCAAUUUCCUUCUUGAAGAGCGACCAGCCAUCCUGGACUCCUUUGCCCUUCAGGACUGCCUCUCGAUGGACUCUGCCAACCAGUCUCCUUAACAGGCCAAAAUCUGCCCUCUGGAAGUCCAGGGUAGCAGUUUUGCUGACCUCACUCCUUACAGGUCUGAUAACUGAAAACUCUAUCAUUUCAUGGUCACUGUGCCCAAGACAGCCCAAGUCACCCACAAGUUCUUCUCCGUUCUCUAACAACAGGUCUAGUGGGGUGUCUUCCCUAAUUGGCUCACUGACCAACUAUGUCAGGAAGUUAUCGUCUUCCAUACACUCCAAGAACCUCCUAUACUGUUUCCUCUCUGUUGUAUUGUAUUUCCAGCAGACAUCUGGUAAGUUGGAAGUUCCUGAUGGGACCUUCAGCUUACCAGAUAUCUGCCGGAAAUACAAUACAGCAGAGUGGUUAGCAAUUGUGAGACUUCUGCCAACAUUAAAGAAUAUUUUGUCUGCCUCUUCAUCCUUGUUGGGUUGUUAUAAUAGACUCCCACCAUGAUAUGUCUUGUUGACCUUUCCCCUAAUUCUUACCCAUAAACACUCAACACUAUUGUCACCAUCAUUAAGCUCUAGACAAUCAAAACUCUCCAUAACAUAAUAGGGCUGGCACUGGCGUGGCAGUGCCUUCCCACCAGCACUCUGUCUGUGCAGCUGCAUAAGUCAUGGUGGAUGCAGAGCUUACAGAGACCAUGGCUUUCUUCUGAGUAGAUGCCAUUGCACCCUGAUUGAGCUGGCAAAGCUUCAGUGCCCUUCAUAAACACCCUUCAGCACAAACUGCUGCACCACGCCCUUACUGGUGUGUCUCACCCUGCUAGCAGAACUCCAUGUUGCUGGUGCUCCCUAAGGCAUAUGGGGAUCUCGGCCACCAUUGCUCCUGGACCUGCCCAGGUCUUGUCAGCUGCUGUAGGAUGAGCUGCAGGCUCCUGGCAGCUUUCUCAGUUCCCCCUGGAGGUUACCCCAGUUUGGGAAUCCCUCCUUUUACCUUAAGGGAUAUUUAAUGCUUAUAGUGUAUAUAAUUCCCUGUUUUUUCAUGCUUGUAUUUUAUUAAGCUAAAUUAUUUUCCUGAACAACAUUUUAAAAUAUAGAUGCUGCUGUAAAUAUAUUAGUUUUAUUUGUGGGAUGGGUGCUGUAUGCAGUGCAUUUGCUGGGUUUAAUGUUGGCUUCUAGUGGAGCAAGUACAUGCACGAUCUAUUGUUGCUUAUUUUUAUAUUUGCAAUGUCAUCAAGAGUUGGGCCUACAUCUCACUAAUAAAAAUUAAAUAAACUUAGAUCAAGAGAGCAUUGUAAAGCAGUAGUGGGAUGUAAAUUAAUUUAGUGGUUAUGUGCAGUACACAUGACACUUCCACUUCAGAAAAGCUAGCUGUUACAGUACUGUGUUUCUCCCUUUUUCAUUUUCCUUUCUGCUUUCCUUUCUCCUCAUUUCUUUUUUUCUGUAUUUAGUCAUGUCAGCUUUAUGGUACAUCUCAUUCAAAAAGUAACCAUGUUUCAGCAGGAGAAAGCCUCAGGCUCAGAGAGGAUGGUAUUCUCAUGUCUCACAUAAUUUUCCGUUUUCAGCCACUGGUGCUUCUUCCUCUUCCUCGCUGUCACCAUUCUGCAAAACUCACAUCUCUGCCAUCACUUCCUCCUUUUUUAAAAAUCCUUUCCAUACUACAUUCUUUCUUCUAUCUAUACAUUUGAGAGCUCUCCACUAUUAUCCUCAUAUGAGAUUUACAGCAUGCUACUUGAACAACAAUACGUAUUGGACAGAGUCUUAGAUUACAAUCUUUUUUUCUUAUGUAUCAGGGAUUCUUCUGCACUUUGAAUGACCUAUUCAUAACAUUUUUCAGCACCAGACCUAUACUUUGAAAGGUUAAUUCACCGUUUCUUACUAUUGAAUGCUGUCGUAUGACUUGCAUGAUGAUUUUUUAUCAUUUUUCAUAUUAUUUAUUAUGGCAGAUUGUUUAUCUCUAUCUUUAAUUUGAUGUAAAAAAAAGGAAAUAAAAGGACAACAAGUUAUACUUAAAAAAAUAAUUUAUACAAUAUCUUAAAACCAUGUAUGAUAUAAACUAGAUUCGAGUAUCAAGUGACACAGAUAGCAAACCAGUUACACACAUUUUUUUCUGUAUAAUUUUUCUGUAGUAAAAGAAGUAGUUUAUACGCAAUGUUUUAUGCUUUGUAUAAGAGUAAAUUUCUUUUUAAAUGGAAUAUCAAAUGUUGCUGUUAACCAAAGACAAUCUUUUAUAACUGUUUCCAUCGGCACAGUUUUAAUAUUACUUUUAAAGCAAACAAUUUUGCCUUCAAAUAUAAAGAAAGUGUCAUUUUUUGUAGUAUUUUUUCUUUUUGCUUCAAAACAGCUCUUCAAGAACUACAUGGUAGCUUUGUUCAUAACCCUCUGCAAAUCCUACAAUGGUACGCAGUAUAAAUACCAUGUACACAUUCUGUGAAAAUCAACAUAAAAACAAAAAUUUAAAUUUACAUCUGGGAGGCAUGCAGAAGGAACAGAGUAUACAAGGUAGGAAGAAGAGCUGUCUAGAAGCUGAAGACAAUUUAUACAGGAGAAUUUAAGGCAUUGCUUCCUGCUGUGCCUGUCAGGUAUAAUCAGAAGAAAGGAUUUGCAAAUGCAGAUUUUCCUUCAGCAGUCUAGAUGCAUUUGCUUUGUGGGAAACAGGUUUCUUUCACCCUGGAUUUUGUUCCUAACCAUUAAGAUUCAGCCUCUGCAUCAGUGUAUGAGCUUCCAUCCACAUUAUUCUUUCAGAUUUUUGUUUGGUAUGUGAUGAUUGAGCAUACGUUAAUCUGUCGCUUUUUUGUUUCUUAAGAAAAAUAAAGGAGGCGUCUAUUUUUGUCACAGCAAAUGAUUUCUGAGUGUCAUCAUGGUAUAGUUAACUAAAGAAGCAUGGCUUUGUUUGUAGAUAAAUCUUGUUAGGAUCCUGCAGGGUUAAGGAACUAAUUGAUUAGGUCUGUCAAACCAGGAGCUAGUGGAAGAAUGAGCUCUUACUGUUGGCCUAAUUACUUAUGGUUAACCCAAACCAUUUUUUUAACUGUCUCAGUCCACGGAAUAACUAGUCUUACAUUCACUUUUUGUUUUAUUUUCCGUACUGAGUUAGAAUAUUUGAUUGUGUAGGAAUUAUGUUAUCCAGGCAGUGGGUACAUCUUUAUGACAUUAAUUUUACCUUCUCUAUCAUAAUUUAUUCAGUGCUUAGCUUCCACCUGUCAAAUUCUGGUAGCCCCUGGGAAAGCAGUUCCAUUAGCUGUAUGGAUGUAGGUGAACAAAUGACCAAAUUCAGAAGAGAGAAAUGAUCCUUUAGGGAGGGUAUGAAUGGUGUAAUUCCAACCGCAGUUCUCAACUUGUGAAACAGUGUUUUUCCAUUAAAGUUAUCUUGUUUAGAAAUGGGCAAACCCACUUGCUGAGUUUGCAAAGGAGUAAGCAGCAGUAUCCAUUAAGAAUUUAGUUCACAGAAUCAUAGAAUGGUUUGGGUUUGAAGGAACCUUAAAUAUAGUCUGGUUUCAAACCCACUGCCACAAGGCAGGGACACCUUCCACUCUGUUUAUAGAGUUUUCCCGCUGUCUGCAGUUACCAAAACAUUAGAACAGAGAUUUCUGUGCAGGUAGGAGUGGGUCCAUGUGAUUGCUGUUGUGAAAUGGUUUUAGCUGGGGUAGUUGUGAGUCUGCACCCUGACUCGUGCACCAUCCCUCAUGCAAGCUGACAUGUUCUCAGGUGAUCAGUGAAGUGGGCUAGUGUUGCAAGUAUUGGCAAAGUUGCUUAAGCUCCCUGCUUUUACUAUUCAAACUUAUUCUGCUGAAAAGUUCUAUACUUCAUCUUGCCAUUAUGCUCUAGAAGUCCAGUGGCAUCUCUUUCCCUGUUGGAUCUAUGGAAGUUAAUGGCCUCUGUUGCCAAUAUCUGUGUGUGCACAACUGCAUGAACGUGUUAGUGCUCGCAUAAAUGUUUGAUGCUCACCUAAAAGAAAGAAAGCAAAAAGGAAUAAAACACAACCAGAUGUGGUCAGAUGAUACAGGGUUUUCCUGAAUAUAUGUCUUACACUGUUUACUUGGCUGUGAUGCAGCUUUCAGAGAAACACAGGAAAGUACUUAUCUUUGGCUGAUGGGAUGGAGAUGACUGAUUUAAAAUCUUUGAAGAAAAAAAAAUUACAUAUCUAUUUUAUUAGCAGAAAAAAACAAUAGACCUAUGAUGGAAGCCCUGCCUGUGUUUAAAACGAUUAUCAUCUGUGACAUUCCUUCUAAUUUUUUGGAUUACAUUUGAUCCCUAAAGAUACGUUCUCCAAAAAAUACAUCCUGAGUAUAAUGUUCCUAGAGCCAUUUCUUCACUCAUAAAACAGAACCCUGAUUUAUAAAAACAGUGUGCACACAAUUGUCUUUCAUGUAAUCAGUGACAUGAUGAAGGAUGCUUAGCAAAGCAGAUGGCUGUUUAGGAAUUUAAACAUAUGUUGCUAAGAGCUGGUUUUGGUUUGGGUUUUGUUGUUGUUGUUUUAUAACUUGGCUUAAACUUUUAAGAAAAAUUGUGUGCAUAUAUAUUGUAUGCCAUACUCUGUAAGUAAACAUAAACAAGUUACAGCAAAUGUUUUGAGUCUUUGGAAAGGAAUAGUAAAACAGCAAUCGAAGUCAGUAGUCUGGCUUUCAGUCAGCACUGCAAAUUUUCUUAGUUCUGUUUCCCCAUUCUGAACUUUUCCUGUACUAGUUGAACCAAACUCAUAAAUCAUAUCAUCAGUGACCUAACAAGAACAAUUUUCCACUAACUAACGUGUCACACUGAGAGAUAAGUACCUGAGAAACUCUACUGUUACCUUACUUCCACCUCUUUCCCCAUAAAGGACAAAGGUCUUUUCUGGAAGGUAACUGAUACAAACUUGUGACCACAAAAUAAGAGAUAAAGUGACAGAAGAAAAGAAUACCUCAACAGAGCUAUUAUAUAAGUACAUUUUGUUGCAAGUCUUCAGAGCAGUAGAAAGAGCAUCUGUUAGAGGGUUAUUUUUUCCUGAUUUUUAAUUACUAGUCAUUGAUUUUGGUAAUUGCACACAUGUACAUACACAGCAGUGCAGCAGGUUUUCACUUCUGUGGUCUUAUCUCAAAAGUGGCUUUUAAAAUGAGUGCUUAUUACUGCAAGUGCUCCAUGAGAAAGCAGUGCUCUGUUAUUUUAGUCUUACUUUAGAGUGCAGCAUAACUGUUGCAUUUACAACUGAUGCAAGUUGGCUUUUUGCCGUGCACUUAGAGACAUAAACCCAUACAUUCAGCAUGGAAAAUCCCUGGUUAUCAGAUUUUUAAGUAGUGACUUGCCAAACUGAAAUAAGGAAGAACAGACUUUUCGUAAGUGGUUGCAUAUCGUUGUAGAAAAUCCCAUUACCAUUUGUUAAAUGCUCAUUUCUAAGAUUUAAACAACAGUUGAAUGAAGAUCCUAGCUUUUAAGGAAAGUAGAUAUGCACCAAAAUGGGGAGGAAGACUAUUAUAAGAGUUUAUAGCAACUCUGGGUGCCCUCAGGAAUUUUGCUGAUUCCCUGUAACAUCUGUGUCUGUUCUCAGAUGUGUUUCAGGGAACUCAACAGUGGAGAGACAAAUGUGAACAAAGACUUCCACAUUUUGAUUGCUAAGUGACCCUUGCUUUUAUUGUUUCAGCAUUCUGACUGGAAUAACGUAUUCCACUCUCACAGUUUUGCCUUAAGCCUUUCAGUGAAAAUACUUCAAGAGCUAUUCAAAAACUGAGAAAGGAGAGAACAACCUGGUUAGAAGGAGUAAGUCUGGCACUACCUGCUAUUUAGCUUUGUUAGGACAACUAGGGUUUCUUCUUUGGCUGGGAUCUGCCUUUUGCCAUUGCUAUCUAUCUAGCUAUUUCACCUGCUAACGUACAGUACCAGAAUAAAUCAGUCUCCCUUCUGAAGAGGGGGCUCAAAUGUAUGAUGCAGCUAAUGUGGAUGAGCUGGUGGCUUGGCAUCUGCUGAACUGUGGUAAGUGUCCAUGUGUCCGCCUAGCACGGUGGAUAGGCAAAGUAAUUACUCAACAAUUGAAGAAGUUGAAUUUUCUACCUUUUCCUUUGAGAUAAACAUGUGGACCUGGGUAGUUCCCACGGCUUUGCUGAUACGCAGUAAGUUUUUCAGAUGCUACGAUUAAGCUGUGUAUUUAUGUGCUUAUAUGCAUAUACUGAUACAUAUGCAUGCUGUCCUCUGCAAAUCCCAGCAAGUUCCUUAGAUCCUGUCCAUAUUCAAGAAUAUUUCUGCUUUUGCUGAUGAUUUUAGCACAUUCUAACAGAAACAUUACUUAACUAUGUUACGGUAAAUCUCUCAAAUGGACACAUUUUCUGGAGCAAGAGUUGACUUUUUGCAGCCUAGUAAAAAUUACUUUCAAAAGCAGGGGACACAUGAGCAGACAGACAAAACCCAAAGCAUAAACCUGAAAUAAAUUUCACUUCAGGUCCUGCACUUGAAUGAGCAAGCUAUCUGUGUGAAAUGUAGGAGCUUGAAAGCACCAGGGAUUUAACCUGGGGCCAUCCAGGGAUACUUUUGCCUGGAACACACAGGAGUUAGAGUACUUUUAGGGGAUAUAUCUUGUACUUUCAACUUGCUUGUACCAAGACACCUUGACUUACCAGUGCAUUAACCUGUUUCUCAUGCAGUGUGAUACAAGCUAACUCAGGGAAUGUUACAUAUACACUGAAAUGCCAGUGACCUCAAGGAAUUAUAGUUACACCAGAGUAACUUACUUUCGUGCUUUCAAGCCGAGAAGAGGGAAAAGGGAGAGUCAUGCCAUGUGAAGUGUUCCAAACCAUCCAAACCAAGUGUUCAAGUCAGGAGGGAUCUGUGGUUUUUUUGCCUCUUUCCAUAAAGCUGGUGGGGAGGUUUCCCCAAGUACCAUUGGAUACCUAAGCAGACAAUUGUAAUUGUCAAGACAAUGUUCUGGAAGCGGUUGCUUCUUCAAUUCUUGUACUCCAAAGAAGUUUAAGGUAGGGACUCUAUCCAUUUACUUUACAUCAUUGUGUUUCAGCAAGAUAGUAAGUGAGAGUGAGGACUUUUCAGAGCCUUUGUGCAAGUCAUGUGAUGGUUUUUGUCUGGCAUAUGCUGUGUGUAUCAUGUGAUGUUUUCCCAGAAAAAAAAAAAUAAAUGUGUCUUUUAUUUAAAUGUGACUCAUUUAAAGGUCCUUUUACUAUUUUCUUUUCUUUCUUAAUAAAUUGAAACAUAUUUUUAUGUCCCCAUGGGGGCCAGGGGAGAAAAAAAAUGCACAUUUGUAAACCCUCAGAGGACUGUGUAUGGAAAAGGCCAACAUGAUUACUAAAAUCAUGAGGGUGAACAAAUUUUUAAGUGUGGGUGUCUCUUGUAGUCAUAUAUAUGCAUGCAUUUUCUUUGUGUGUAUACAUAUAUAUGCAUGUACAUACACAAAUAUGAAUAAGGAGUACAAAAGAAACUUCACAGCACCGCUUGACACAUUGUUUUGACUGAGUAUUUGCAGGAAAAAUAUGUUUCCCAGCUAAUUUUUUUGCAAUAUUAAAAGCUAAGCCAAUCUGCAUAACAUUUAAAAAGUAGAGAUCUUAUCUGUUAGGAACAAUCUUCUAUCAGCACAUUUUCUUGAACUGUAGAGUCAACGCAGGCUUCCAAAUUUAGAGCAAACUCUGACACCCCUGUUUUCCCUUUGUGAAAAUAUUAGAUUUGUUGUUCCUUUUGCAGAACUGAGCUUGUGAUCUACCUGCAAUAGAAAUAUUUUAUAUUCCUUUAUUGCUUCUACAACUCUCCUGGUUUUGUAUGGGUAUAUUGAUUUUAUUUCUCCUUCUGGAAGCAUUUUCUUUUAAUUUGUUGUUUAAAAGGAUGUUAUAGUCAAUGCUUAUAAAAAUACUGCAAUUAAAAGGUUAAAUUAAUACUAUGUGAAUUGUAGAUUUGACUCAUAAAAUAAUCCUGGACAGCAAGACUGAGAAAUUUCCAGUUCUUAUGAUUUUCAUAGGAGAAAAUGUAUCUGAAUCAAGAGCUUGGUUUAGGAGGAACAAUCAUACUUUGCUUAUUUUUAUUAUAAUCACAACAACAUUUUUGAAAGACAACAGUACAAGUAUGGAACAUACAUGUACAAAUACAGAUAUGACAUCUUUAUGAGGUAGACUGAACAACUUCUGAAUGUUAACUCCUUUAUUAUAUCUCCCAUGCCAACUGGCAAUAAUAGUGCUCUAAUUUACUGUUUCAGAAAUUCCAAUUUUGUAUUUAUUGACUUUUAAAAUAUUUUGUAGCUUACAUAAUAAAAAUAUGUAUUAUUAUUUUAUACACUUUAACUUAAAAAGUAUAGCACACACUGAUGCAGAUACAGUGAUGAAUAUUCUGGAGGUGCAGAGUAAGAAAGACAGCUACAUAUGUACAUAUUUAGUGUUUCAAGCCUCAGCACAAACUUAAUGAUCCAUAUCAAUCAUUAUUUAUGCAAAAUUCUCAUACAAUCUGUACAUUCCAUCCAUAGAAACAAUAUAGAAGAAGGUAUAGGAAAGUCAAAGAGAUUCACCUUGUACAGUUAUGAAACAGUUGGACAGCAGAGGUGCACUUGGGUCUCCCAAACUGCUCUCAUCCAUUGCCACAAGAAGAGACAAGGAAGCAAAAGAGGAAGUGAUAUCUUUCCAAAAAACAGUUUAAUGAUUUGGUUUUGCAGAAUCAUAUCCCACCGCCCCUAUUCUGGAAAACCCUAGCUAGUGCCUCAUGCAUUUGUGAACCCCAUUCAAUAUUUAUACUUUGGGGGCUGCUGGGAGAAGCAGGUCUGAUCAUGGUUCCCCAACUCCCUCCUGUCCUGUUUUAAUCUGUCUGGAGGAUUCUGCAGGAUUCAACCCUCAUCAGUUGUAGAUUCUGCAAGCAGCCUGUUUUCAAACAUCUUCACAGGGAUCCUCUCUUAUUGUAAUCUCUUUAGACACAUCAUAAGCAGUUUUUCUGAGGACUAUCUAUGUGUCAGGUUGGAAAUUUAAUUCACUCCCAGCUAUUUUUGGUGGCUGUUUCUGAAUGCAAAUAUCUCCAUGAAAAUAUUUUGUAAGGGGGCAGGGGGGGUGGUCCUAAAUGUAUCUCUUUUUUCAGGAAACUACAAGCAGUGAAAAGCAGAUCCGAGUUCAAAAUGAAAGCACAACAGACAUUGCACUAAAACCAUGGUAUGGCUGACAUCAGGACAUCAAGCAGUCAAAUAGACUGGCAAAAAUAUGGUGACAAAAAUAGACUAUAUUUUACCUGGUCAAGAGGAUGCCCAUUAUAACAGUGAAGAAUAUAAACUAUUAAACUUACAUAAGAGAGCUUCACAUGUCUCAACUGCAUUUAAGACAGUUUGCUUUCUAUGAGGCAUGCAGACAAGGACAUAAAAGUGUAUUUUUCUGUCUUACAGCUUACAGAAGAAAGGGGGGAGUUGGCAUUAACUAUAGUGGGUUUGCUACCUACAUAUCUUCAGCUUCAUUAUGUUAGCUAUGUAGACUGAUGAACUGUAAUUGUUUCCUGGCUACCGUUGGUAGGAGAUAGGGUAGCAAAGGGCUUUGGAGCACUGCUAGGUUCCUGUUUCUUUCAUUGAUCUCUGCGAGAACAAUCAUUAUGAUAAUUAUUCUCAUCCAAGCUUCUGUAAUAUAGCUGCCAAAUAAAUGCUUCUUGGUUAAUAUGCCUCAAUUAAUGGGUCACCCAGUGUAGCUGCAGCAGGUUGCAAGUAAGUAGCUUUCAGGAUUUGAGCCCAGAUGAUUAUAGGUUUUCUUUCCCUUUUUAGAUGAAAUGGAUUCAUAAGCCUUACUCAAAUGAAUCGCUCUUGUAGUCAUUAAUUAUAGUAUGCACAUGUUAAUGACAUCAUUAUCAGGAGAUAACAUGAUGUCCCAAAGACCACGUGUUACAGUUGUUUCCUGUGCAAACAAUUGUGCUUGAUAACAGAGCCUGCCACAAAAUGUCAAAGGAAACCACAUGGUGUGUUGAAAUGAUUGUGAAAUUAUCAUGUGUCACAGCUAUGUAUGUCAUAAACAAUACCAUAAUGACUGAAUUUUUCAUUGGCUUCUUGUGUGAGGGAUACCGAAGAGAACAAACAAUUAAGAUCCUAAACAUCUCAAGUGUAGCACAUAAUGCAGCACUGAAUUGUUUAAAGCAUAUCCUGUGACUGAAUUAAAAUGUGUUAGUCAUGAAUUGAGGAUACGGUAGUAAUAGGCAGUACUAAGGAACUUGUAAGAUUUUUUGUUUUGUUUUUAUUAAACAUAAACAGAAAGGAAUUAACUGGCAAGCUUGAGAGGUGGGCCUGUGCGAACCACAUGGAAGUUCAACUAGGCCAAGUGAAAGGUCCUGCAUGUGGGUUGGAGCAAUCACAAGCACAAAUACAAGCUGGGAGGAGAAUGGAUUGAGAGCAACACUGAGGAGAAGGACUUGGGGGUGUUGGUUGAUGAGAAGUUCAACAUGAGCUGACAAUGUGCACUUGCAACCCAAAAAGCCAACCGUGUCUUGGGCUACAUCAAAAGGAGUGUGACCAGCAGGCUAAUGGAGGUGAUUCUACCCAUCUACUCUGCUCUCAUGAGAACCCACCUGGAGUAAUGCAACUAGCUCUGGAGCUCUCAACAUAAGAAGAACAUGGACCUGCUAGAGUGGGUCCAGAGAAGGGCUGUGAAGAUAAUGAGAGGGCUGGAGCACCUCUCCUGUGGGCACAGGCUGAGAGAGCUGGGGUUGUUCAGCCUGGAGACGAGAAGGCUCCAGGGAAACCUUAUAGCAACCUCUGAGUACCUAAAGGGGACCUACAAAAAGCUGGAGAAAGACUUUUUACAAGGGCAUGUAGUGGUAGGAUAAGGGGUAAUGGCUUUAAACUGAAAGAGGGUAGAUUUAGAUUAAAGAAGAAUUCUUCACCAUGAGGGUGGUGAGGCACUGGAACAGAUUGCCCAGAGAGGUUGUAGAUAACCCAUCCCUGGAAGUGUUCAAGGCCAGGCUGGAUGGGGCUUUGAGCAACCUGGUCUAAUGGAAGGUGUCCUUGUGGAUGGCAGGGGAGUUGGAAGUUUCUUUAAGGUCCCUUCCAAUCCAACCCAUUCUAUGAUUCUGUUAAUUUUUUUACUAUUCCAUAAUUUAGUUCUUAUUCAGCACCUCACUUUUAGCUUGUAUGAGGACUGGAUAAGUAAGAUUGUAGGAGAGUUGCCAAUAUAACUCUUACUUUAGCAAAUGAAAUCUUGGUUGGGUAAAAAUCAGUGGCAAAGCUCUUCUGGCCUUCUACAGCACCAGAAUUUCACAAAUGUCACCUUUCAAGCUUUAAAAGUAUGAAUAAUCUCACUUACACCCCUGUAACAAGUCAGUGAUGCAGCAAUUUCAAGCCUGUGAUUGACACAUGGGUUUUGCUGUUGACAGUCACAGGAUCAGAGCUGUCCCCAUUAUCCAGAGCAGUGGGACCAGUGAGUGUCCAACAGCACUUUGCUGCUGAACGCUUCCUGGCUUUACCUCUGCACAUCCCGAUUCAAUAAGAAAGACUGAACUCCUUCUUUCUGUUACCUAUGGAUUUUAGCUGUUACCAUAUUUUAAAGUUUUCCUUCUGAGCCAUGAAAGUGACAAUUUAUUGAGCUAUAUAUUUUUUUAAUUUCCCUGUUUUUCUUUUCCUGAACUGAGAAAUGUGAUUAUUUUCCUUCUGGAAGUAAGCUGUGCACAAUUGCCAAGAGCUACUAUGGGCUCACCAGGCACUGAAAAGUUGAGCACUUCCCCCUGGGCUGCACAAGAUGCUUGUUGAAGGAUUGCUAGGAGCUCUUCUUCCUUAAUGCUGCCUCUUCCCCAGGGUUAUGUGGGACCUACUGACAAUCAGCUCCCUAGAAGCACUGACAAUAUCAUCAUCUUCCAGACCUGUGAUUUUUUUUUAAUCCACAACACCAUGUUUUCAGAUACUCCGGUAACAGUAACACUGUUUUAGUCAGCAGUAAUUAGCCAUCAGUAACAAAGAAGACAAAGAGUGCUACCCAAACUUUAUUCCUCCAUCAUCUUUCCCUAACCUAACUGAAUUUCAAAAAGUGUGUGUUCCUGAUGCAGAUGCUACUUUAUAUGAAAAAUACGUCUGAGCAAACCAUCUUCCCUGAAGCAAGUCCAAGAUAGCUGAUACGCAAAUAUUUAAGAAAAUUUAAAGUUGAAAGACUAGUCUCUAAAGUAACAUCUAAGUUCACGAUUUUGUACUCUGUGAUUCUAGGUGAUCCCAAAAGAGAAAGAGAAAACCAUCUCAGAGGCUGCUUUUUAAUUAUAUGUUUUCUUACCAGUAAUAAUGUCACAGGAAUUCUUGACAGUUGACCUGUUUUUACACUUCCUGAGAGGUUUCAGUAAGAUUAAGAUAAUUAUUCAGAUUCCUUUCUGUUUUCACCUGGAGUACCAAAUCUUCCAAUGCUCCCUACAAAACUAAUUAUUCAGGUUUACUGCCUUGCAGUUACCAGCUAGCUCAGUCCUGAUACAUGCAAUAAAUCAGCAGUGACCCCUUUUUCACCUCUUUGCCUCCUGUUCUCUACAAAGGACACUAUCUAAUUAAAAAACACAACAGGGGCCCGCUCAGACAGGAGGGUAGAUUGGGGGGGGGGUUGGGAAACUGUGACAUUAUAGGGAUUUAUUCUGUCAAAAUCUGAGGCAAAUAACAUGAGUUGUGGAGAGAGACAUGUAAGUGACUAGUGAGAUUUAUGAGAGACUGGCAGAGCUGACAAUAGGAACUGGAAGAGUUACUGGAACUGCCAGCAACUUUGCAAGCUUUUGGAAAGAAAAUCAAAGGAUUUGUUAGCAGCAGUAUCAAAAAUGUAUUUAACUGACACAUGGCUGAGAAGGCUUUUUCUUCUUCGGUGCUGCAAAUAUGAUUGCAUUUAUAUUUUGUUUUCACAGUUCACUUGAGUUCAGCUUCUUAAUUGUAAGACUAGUCCUCUGUCUCUUGGUUGAUGCCAUUCAUACAGAACAACUGAGUCAAGUACACAGCAUAAAUACAGGAACAUUGCAGGAACCACACAACUUUAAGAAGUUUUCAAGUUAUCCUUGGAAAACCUUUGUUAAAUAAGAGUUUGGAUCUUUUCUAGCUGUGCAACUACCUCAAAAGACAGCAAUUAAUUCACCAUCUAGCUAAUCAAGGGGUAUUUUUAGGAAGACUUUAUUUGCACUCAGGGACUUCCAACGAUUUUACAAAGCAACUUGAACAUCAAUGAAUAAAGGAGGAAAGUAACAGCAUCUGUUAAACAAGGUGGGAAGUAACCUUCUAGGAAACUUUAAUUUUGCCCCAGAAAAUAGAGUAAAAUAAAAGUAUCCUAUGUGUCAUUCAGCAAGCCUACUCAAAAGACCAGUCUUAUUUCUUGCUUUAUUUCUUUUACUAUUUUAUUACCAAGGUCAUGUUCAAAAAUAAGGCAGAAAUAAGAGAAGUAGCAUAAUUCACCAGCUGCAUAACCCUAAGCACCAUGUACACCCUGUACUAAAGAAAACCUCAUCUUGUGGGAAAACAAUGUUUUUGUAAUUAAAGAAUAUGUCAUCAAACAUGACCACAACAAAAAAAGGAGACUAUUUGGAAGUUAUUUUGUUUAUUUAAAUUCUGGGUGCUUGAAUUUGCCAGUUAAAAUAAGUUUAUUUCUUAAUCCAUAUAAGAAUUAUCCAGAUAGAGUAUCUUACAGUUCCUUUAAUUACUUUAAUACUUAAACACUUUUAAAGUCUGCUACCAGUAGAGUCAGAAUACUUAGUCUUCAAAAUAGACUUCUGUCAUUCAAGAUGAAGGAUUCAAUACUGAAUGAAAAUGGAACCAACUCUUCCAGCCAGUUGCUGGAUAUAGAGACUUGAACAAAACAUCUUGGUUGAAUAGUCCUCCAUUUUCAUUCCUAGGAACUGAGGGGAAAAAAUUGUUGUCCACAAAAGCUCCUGAAGGUGUCCAGUGUGAUCAAUGACCCACUUACUAGAGGGAAAAGAAAUAAAAGAAAAUAAACUGGGGUGGAGAGGCAAUCUGCUUUUAUCACCCUUUUCUUUGCAUAUAGUUGAGAUGAUGUGGGAAUCUGGUACUUGUGUCCCAGUUCAGAAUUGUAGCUGCAGGUGAUUUGAGAGUGGCAGCAUCUACUUUUUUUAUAACAUUCAUAUUACUAUUCAGUGAUUAGUUUGGCAUCAUGCUGACAUUGUUAUUACUUUAUCUUACUAGUAAGGAAAGAAAAAAGGUAAGGUCACUCUUCAGCAUCUUUCAUCUGUGAAUUCUCAGUGAAAUAGUAUGGGGCAAAGGUGUAGCACACCUUUAACAACAAGGGAUUUUUGAUGCCAAAUUUCAAACAGCCAGAUUUUCCGUCAGUUAACAGAGAGCAGAAGUGAAAGAGCUUCUCAAGAUAAAAUCUCAGAGUGUUUUUUACAGGACAUGGGGUAAUAUGGUAAAUCUUUCAUUACAAGCAUCUACCAAGAAAAAGACAACAACAGCAAAAAAAACCCCAACAACAACAAAAACUACACACUACAAAAACAAACCAAAGUAAACAAAAAAUCCUGAAUUCCAGUAGUUAUUUGCAGAGCAGAAGUAACACGCGCAUACAGCACUAGAUUGUGUCCUGCCCAUCAGUCAUUACUGUCUAAAAAGUGUUUGGUGUUCUGAGUCUAGUUUCAUAACAGAGGCGUUAACAAGAAGGGAAGCUUGCACAGUAGCUGAUGGGUCUUGCAUUGGUUUAUGAAUAAAAUAAGUAGAAGUGUUCCAAGUCAUUGGGAAAUUAGAAUUAUGGAUGAUGGUUUGAUGAAAAUUAUUUCAUUUCUCUGUAUAUUUUCCAAAGUUUUUGUGGAGAGAAAAAUAAAAUGUUAGAUAUUUGCACAGACAACAGUUGAAAAUAAAUUAUUAGAAAUAUUCAGAAAGUUCCAUCCAUUGGCUCUCCAUCAUUAGAUUUGACACAUAAAUUAUUGUCUAGGAACUAGGUUCUGAGGGCCUAGACCAGCCAUAGCUGACUACAAAUCCAGCCCAAUGUCUUAGGAAGGUUGUAGUAAAAGCUGAACCAGGAGCUGUGGAGCCCAGAGCUUGGUCCCACCUAUGAUGUCAAACCACAGGCACACUCAAGGUCCUCAGCUUCACCACAGGGUGCUGUGAAAUCCUGAGAUCCCUAUUCCAGCCUGAGUUUUCACCAUUUUCAGAUUACUUUUUAUGGAGCCAAGGAAAUGUAGGGCACCCUUCUUUCACAGCUGGGAAUGUGAAAACUCUGAUCAUUCCUCUCGAAGCCUGUGUCAUCCACCUAGUUUACUGGGCAGCACUGCUUUAUAAUCAGAGGCCUUUCUUUCUGCGUAGUCAUAAAAAGCAAGAGGGGAUCCCAAGAAACAGUGGUUAGAUGUGAUGCAGAUAAAUGAAUUUCAAAGCCUUACGUGGCCAUUCUUACAUCUUGGUGUCUUUACAGCCAAGUUAAUAAGGUAUAGUGGGAUGAUAAUUUCUCAGUCUGUUAUAGGAAAUAUUUCAUUUUGGAAAUAAAAUAUUAUUGAAGAAACUUAAGAUAAUGAACUAACAGUUCUAGUCUGUAUUGUUUUACUUCCUUUGUGUUGUUGACACAAAGCCAGUAUACACAGUGAAAUGUUUGUCAUGCUAGAAAAACAGAAAAUAGAGAGGAAGAGGCUGAGGCAUUUAGAUGCAAGGUUGUGUCCUCAAACAUUGCUUACUCUGUUUGCAGUCUCUUUUUCUCAUCUUUUGACCAGUAAUUGAAAGCUGAGUUAAUACACCCUUUUCAGCAACUCUUUUUGUCAAAGGCACCACAUGCUCAUAAAAUAGUUUUGGGUUGAAGAAAUUGACUGUCAUUUUUUUGUCAGAGAACAGGUAAAGUCCCAACAGGAACAGCUCUGAAAAGCUUCCUACCGAGUUACAUGAAACUCUAAAAGGUAUCAUAGAAAGAGCAAGACCACCCCAAUAAAAAGACAAUAUAAAUCCUGACCUCCUGGUGCAUGUGACUAAUAAGGCUGCUAUAUGUUGCAUAAUCUCACGAUAUUUCACUGUAAAUUAUUGUUCAUUUUUUAAUGGAAUAUAAUUUUUAAAAGUAAAAACAAAAUGCAUAAUCACCAAAUCAGCACUUAGAGCUCCUCAGUUUUCUAAAGGCAAACUCUUUCUUUGAAGAUAAUUUAAUAAUUUAGGUAGCAAGUUUAGAUCUAAGUGCAGAUUGUGUAGGUGUUCGUAUUUUAAGGAUGUGAAUCAGAAAGAAACCUUUUACAAUCUGGUUACAAAAAAAGCAAACCAGUAUUUUCAUAUUGCCCCUGUAACUAGUUGCUUAAUUUGUCAUAUUCAACAUCAAUUGUAUACGAUCUGUCAAACCACGCUUAGAAGCAUGAAUUUCUUCCUCCUUUGCUGGUGGUUACAUUAUCACCACUGCCAUUUUGGCUUCUAGUUUUGUGUGUUCGUUCUGCAUGUGGAAGAAGGAAUGGGAGUUCCUAUUGAUUUGAAAGACAAUUUAAAGGAAAAAAAAAAUAAAAAUAAACCAAAUCCUUUGAACUCCUUAUAACAUUCAUGCUGUGAGAAGGUACCGUGGAGGAAAGAGACCUGCAGCCCUGUGCCAUGUGCUUGUUCAUGAGAUGGAUGGCUAUAAUUUGCUCCUGUCUGAAACACUAGUAUUUACGAUGCCUUUCCUUGGCCAAGGGGUAAAACAGUCUCUAGAGAAACAGAAACAUUUUUAAGAGUGUAUUGAAAAGAGAAAUCCACAGGACAGCUGAAGGUCAAGGGAAGAAGGCAAUGAGGGUUGAUUUGUCUUCUUUUCCAGGUAAUGAAAAAAUUCUCCUUAUUUGACUGCAUGGAAAACAUUCUUCCCCCUCUGUCAUUCACUCACACAUCUGCAAGCACAAGCACAAGCACAUGCACGUUGACCCGGGUUAUACAGUAGGACCCUAGUUAUAUAGCAGGACACUGUCAAUAUCAGGAACAGUAGUGUAAAAUUUGGCUUUAAAACUACUUUUGAGCUGUUCUCUGGCUCACAGCUGGAUGAGCAUAUUGUCUGCUUUGAAUAAGCCAAAAUAACCAUAAAACUGGUUCAAAUUAGGUCUCCUUCCUUUGGCCUUAGGCAUUUGGGUACUAGAGCCAAAUUGUCAUCCGUUGCUUUUGUCUAGAAGCAUUAUUAACUGUUCAAUCUAAUAGUCCCAAAAUACUCAGUGGGAAGGCCUACCCUUCAGAUUUGCUAAAGCACUGCAACAGCAUAACAGCAAUGAAUAUAAAAGGCACCAAGAAGUCCCCAAGCUGGCUCCUAAUUUUAUGUUUAAUCUAAGUGAGAAUUUUACUUUCUGAUUUUCUUCUUUUCUUCUGUAAGAGCUGCUGUUUAUUUAGGGGUAAAUGUAACUCACAGAAGUAUUAUGCUGAAUAUCUUGAUAAAUAUCAUGUUUAUCUAAGCCCUCUCUGCUUUGUCUUAUUAGUAUUUACAUGCUUCCAUAAGACAUAUAUCAAAAAAAUUGUUAAGUACUCAAGCUACCUACCAGUUUUUCCUAGACUGUGCAGUCUUUAAGAUGGUUCCCCAUUCUUCUAGAAAUGUUCUCCUCUUACUGAUCAAGUUAGGUGAUCUGUUUUCCCUUUAGAAGCUGCUUGCAUGCUGAGCAGCCAAAGUAGAAAAUAGACCUCAUAGUGGAAAAUAAAAGAUAGAAUAGAUUAGAAAUCAAAAUCGCUGGUUUUCAGUAACAAGCAGAGAUAAUACUCCAUGGGCAGUCAGACUAUUCUCAAACCAUCCCUACAUGGUCUCUGUAACAAGGGGCAAAUACUAGAAUUUUGACUGGAGACACCAGAUUGAUGUCCAUCAAAACAAAUGUCUUCAGAGCUUUUUAUUAGGAUCAUAUUCUCACCAGAUGAAUCUUGUUUCCUGCUUUUCCUGAGGUAGUAGCAUUUGUUGACAUCCUGAAACUCCUCAGGAAUGCAGAAUUUAAGAUUAGACCCUUAGCACUGGAUUCUCCUGGCUUUAAGCUAGGCUUCUAAAGGUUGGUUGCAAAAGCAUAAACAGCUCACCCUGAGGUCUUUUUAUCAUGAAUAAGAAGCCAUUCUUCAUCUUUAAGACAAGAUUAAUUGCCCUCUGGAAAGUCUUGUUUCCCCCACGCCAAGGACUGCUGCAGAAGUCAUCCUUGUUUGACUAGCUGAAGACUUGGAUGACUGGUUUUUAGCCACCCAAUGUUAGGCUGAGAUGAAUCCCACUAACUGCUCUACCUCCAUGCACAGAUGAAUGUUUUUGUGCAUAUGCACAAUGCAAUAAUUCCUUUAUUUUAGUAUUCAUAUGCAGAGUAUAUAUAUUUAUAUUGUUUGUCUUAAUGUGCUUACAUAGCGAAUGCCUACAUAAAUAUAUAGAGAGUUGUAUCUUGCUGGUUUUAAUAUAUUUGAGUUCUGUUCCCAUUAUAAGAGUAUCAGAUGCUAUUGAUAUAUUUGCAUAUAUCUAGAGAAUAAAAGUAUAAUUCACUCUGGAAGGCUUGAUGAGACUGGUUCUGCCAGAGCUCUCGUAUACAUCAGCAGAUAGCAUUUCAUGGCUUUUUAGCUCAGAACCGAGCUGUUAUAGACCCAAGUCAUCAUGCUUAAAAGUACACUUACUUGCAUGAAUGAGCAGUGAAUGAAAACCAUUAAUGUCCCAGCAUGCACUGCUCACCAAUACUCAUUUUUGUUGUAGUCAGAGUUUCUUAGUGUGUUUCUGCUUCAUUUAAACCCGUCAAUACCUCAAUUAGUGCUUGCUUCUCUUCCCCUGGGAGGAACAUUUACACAUGUCACUUCACAGCCUCCAAAAUCUAAAAGACCCAUGGGAAUUGCUGGGCCAUAAAAUAUAUCCUGAUUAAAGCUUGUGUUUUCCAGUGACUGUCUGCCUUUUUUAUUUUUUUUCACCUUUUAAACCUGUAAACUGUUUGGGUAUUUUUAAUGAAAUGGCACAAAUGUAAAGGUUAAAACAUAACUUGUAUGAAAAUGAACACUCUCCCAUGCGAUUCCAGUCUAUUUUUUUUUUUUUGCUGAUUUGCAUUCAUUAAGUCACCAAAAAUUAGAGUGCCUGACUUUACAAUUAUGAUAGCAGUAACCCUCUCAUUUAACAUUAAAACUUGAUGCCAUCUUGAUGGCAGACUGAAUUCUAUUUAAGAUCAAAGCAUUGGAAAGUUAUCUAAAAUUAUACAUUGCUAGUUAUAACUAUUUAACAUUCCUACUCUUUCCAGCCUGACUUUUAUACAGGGUGAAAAAAAGAUCAUAAUUGAUUUGGAACAAAAAGUGGCCCAAUAAAUGUAUAUGUAACAGAUACAAGUUUCUAAUACUAUUUUUUAGACAUCCAUACUUUUGAACAAUGUCGAUUAUGAAGAUGGUCUUUAUCUAAGCCUUCAUAAAUCAUAAUUAUAUACAAGGUAGUGCAUUUAUAAUUUUUAUAGAUCUUCAAUGACUUAUUUUUGUUAUUGACAGUUAGCUAAGCUUUGAUGAAACUGAUUUUCCAGUGCCUCAUGUGGGUUACCAUAGUUUGUCACAAAUUUCCACAUGCUUUUAUUAUAACUGACUGCAGGGAACAAAGCUGUCAGCUUAUCAUUUCCCAUUUUCUUUCUCUUGGUUAUUAGGAAGUGCAGUUAGACAAAAUGGGAAUUGAAGCUGCAUAGCAAAGCGAAAGAAAGUCACAUUCAUUUCAGAACCAUGUCGAAGUCAAAGGAAAGACCAAGAAAUGUAAGCAGCUGCUGGUCUCAUGUGUACCAUUUGAAGACAGCAGUUUGCGCUGUGCAAACAUAAAACUAAUGCAAGAAAAGACCUUAGGAAGAGGAAAGAAGUGCCUUUGCGACUUGAGAGAAAAGACCUUUUUUAUUUUAUUAAUGUGUCUUUUGGUUAAAAUUCAUAGUUGUCAUGCAAAAUAAAUCAACUUCUUUUCCUAUAAUGUGACCUGAAACUGCUUCUGAGUGAAUAAGAUAUGAACCCUAAAUGUUCACAGCCUUCACCCUGACAUAUUCAAUCAGAUCAUGAGGCACUGGUGAAGCUGCCAAGUACUCAAGACAUCAUUGUCAUUCUUAUUAAAGCUUAGCAUCAAACGAGGCCUGUUCUAGCUUGGAAACACAUGUUUGAAUAAUACUUACAAUCGAAGUAAUUUCAUUUAUAUCAGUAGAAUAGCUAGCUUAAAUGGUAUUUUAGGCUGUGCAGAAUACUUAUUCAUUCCCACACAUUGAUUUAUUUUUUUUUAGAUUUUUUUUUUUUUUUUCAGAGAUUAUCUUGUAUGGAUGCCCCAAUAUCCUAACAGUACAGUUUUUAUAUACCACUGAGUCUUGUGGUUUGAAAUGGAAUUUGUAAUGCAAACUUAAGUAGCUGGGGCACGGACUGUUCACGUCAGUGUUUAACUUCUCUCUAUUAUUUAUGUAUUGUAAUUCUCAUGGACAUCACUCUUUGCUAAAUAGAAACAUAAAGACUCAGUUUCUGCUGUGCAGAGUCUCUUUUGCCAUGACAGUACUGUUUCUCAUACUGUUAUAUCAGAAGAUUUUUUUGGUAAUAGAACUGCUAAUGAAGCUUCUGCCUAUUGCCCAGAAAUCCAGUCACCUAAAAGUUAUUAAUGGGAGCAUGCAAAAACCUAGCAUCCCUCCUUUUAGGGCAGGCUGGCAGUAGGAGGUAAUCUGAUUUGUUUUGCUUUGUUUUAAAAAUGUUUUCAGGAAUGUAUUUGUCAAUAAAUUAUCUGGAUUUAUUUUUAUGUUAUGUAGACUCCUGAAACUAAAGCUGAGUAAAUAAUUCAACCUGUCUUAUUAAUUCAUCAAAUUUUUGCUUCUCUCCUCAAAGUUCUAAGGUUUACAUGUUUGGAAUUCCUGUAGUCUGGAACUUCAGCAGCAAUUGAUUUCAAAGUAUUUGUUUUUUGAAUUUGAAAUCCAUGCCAUAUUGAUUAGUUAUAUAAGUCACCCAGUAUUGUUUCUGCUUGAGAGUUGCGUUGCUUCCACAACAAAUUCAGCACUAACUCCAAGCAAUAUAGUGAAAUAUUGUAUUCAAAAUUCACUUUCAUGAAAUAUUUAAAUAUUUGAAAUUGAAUUUUAAAAUAUUUAUCUUAAAAGAACAUGACUCUAAAGGAGAUUCACAACAGACAAACAUAAGUAGGUUUCAAACAUGAAGUUCAUCUUCAAAAUUAGUGAAUAUUGGUAGAAAACAGUUUUCAUUAAUUAUAUGUUCAUUAUUUUUGUGAAAAUAACUUGUAUUCAUGAAAAUGGAGUUUUUGGUUUUGUGUUAGCAUAUUUUUUUCACCCAUUCAGACAUACAGUUUGUUUUCUAGUCUUGGGCAUCUCUUGAAGAGGAGGGCUAAGAGCAUUACUUUCACCUACUGGAGAGGUCACAGAUUUACCAAGAAACUAUGUGCUUAUAUUGAAGUAUUUGAGCAAUCCUGUUGAUUCAAAAUUCUCUGCAAGAUUCAGGACACCAUUUGAAUUCUGCAGAGGUGUCUCUUAAGUAAACAAAAACCUUACUUACCAGGAAGGGAAAACUGAAUUUAAGAGAACAAUUUUACGUAUGCACUCACUGACUACUUGAAGUCUGCUAAAUUUGAAAAUAAAUUAAAAAACAGAAAUCAACUAAUUUUAGUGUGAGAUCAAGUCUUCCUUAAUUUUAAGUGAUGUAUUUGCAUGGGAUUAAUUUGCCUGAGCAAAAGUGGAUUGAAAAAAAGGGAAUUUGUUUUGAAGGUAGAAAAAUCUCAUAUGUUGUGGACAGAAGAGUAUUCACACAGUGGCUGACCAGCAUGAGACGAUAGGCUGAAUUUUGAUUAAAUGUUAAUUUGUAAUUUUAAUUCAUUUUUUCAGCAUAUAUUCAUUUCAAAUUUAAUGCAGUUUUCUUGUAUCGCAACUCCUGUCCUCAUUCAUGAUGUUAUUUUUACCCAAUGUUGUUGAAACUGCAUCAAAGGGCCUUAGUUCUCUGUUCUAGAAGCUGUACAAGAAAAACAAAGGGAGUUCAUCUUCCCUCAUUACAGUAUCAGUGGGCACACGUGUGCAAUCAAGAAAGGCAUUUCUGGUUCCUGAAUGAUCAAAAAAGAGGCUUCGAAGGCACGGUUCGUCUGGUUAGAUGAACAGCACUCUUGAAGUAUUCGAUCUUCCUUUCCAUUGAGGAAGUCUACAAUGCCUAGCCUGGCAUAGAUGCUUGCAAGAUGAACACCACUAUGGUGACAGCUUUUUCCCAAAAUGGGCCAUUUGAGCACGCUUUACUAAAGGACCCAGGAUAUGUGGGAGUGACACUGUGCCAGGGCAGAGAUCUUCAGACCAAGAGCAGUGGAAACAUGGUGAGACAUGGCGAAAUGCUAGGAGUCACACCACUGACAGAGGCCAAGACGUGUCUGUUAUUGAGCACACUCUCAAUUCUCCUGUGCUCAGUUAUCUCCAGAUCAUUAUGCCUUUAGGUUUGUUUAUCUGCUGCAUCUUUUCCAUCCUCUUUGUCGAGACCAACUAGAAUCUGCAUUGAUAUCCCACUAUAAUCAGCAAUUUAACACAAAACACGUUGUACAGUGACACAUCAUCUCCUUACCAAUUGUGGUGUUGUGUUCCUCUCUUCUCAUCACAGCCAGGUUGCCAGAAAAAUCCCAUUUGAAGACCACGGAUAGUAACAGGUCUUAAGCAUACUGAGAACUUCAGUCAGUCUUAGAACCAUUUAAGGAUAUAAAUAUAUUAUAUCAAUAUAAUAUAUCCUAUAUACAAGGAUAUUUAGUGUUUAAUUACAAUAUAAAGAUAGGGAGUCUUUUCAUUUGCUUUCUUCUCACAUAGCUAUUUCCAUCUAUGAGCGAAAAGAAAGAAAAAAUAGCUAUUCCUCCCUCUCCCCUCCCUACAUAAUUUCUAAAAUUAAUAUGAAUUUCAGUUUUCUAGCAACUCAUGAAGGUUUAUUCUAAAAGAAUUUUAAAGACUCUGUUACUUUGCUCAAGCUUCACCUAACUUACUAUAGCCUCCUAAUUCCGGAUAAUGAGACUAGUCUUUGUCAAGGUAAUUAAAUGUUUUUCAGUUUUGUUUGCAUUCAGUUCCUGAUAAAACACUCAGAAGCAGCAGGGGAAAAAAAAAAAAAAAAAAAUCAGAAUAAGUAAUUUUUACUGAAUCUCAGGAAAGGUCCAGGUUCAGUUUUCUUCAAGAAUGGGACAAAAAGAAUGGGACAAAGAUUAUUGUUUCCUCUUAGCCAGUUCCAUGAUUCUUCAGAGUAACCUCAAUGACAAAAUUUUGCACUUCAAUUUUUAAUGAUGAAAUUGUUCAUAUUAUAAAGCAAUGUUACUCUUUACAGGUUGACACAAAGAAGGGGGAAAACAACAGCUUAACCUGGGAAAAGGAGUAAAAAAAUCAUCUUUCCAAAUGGAAAUCCAACUUUAAAUGAGAAAUGUCCUAGAUUAAUCGUGCUGGCAGCAAUAUCCAUACCUUGAAAACAGAAAUUGUCAUAAUCUAUAAACUGUAGACAUGUAACAAUGGGCAGGCCACGUGGCAUGACUCAGAGAAAGACGUGGAGAACCCCAGAAGAGAGAAUUUUGUAUUAAUUUGUCCUACAGGGAAGACUACUCCAAAAUCCUGGCACAUGACACUAUGUGUUCCUUGAACACACAGAGCAAUAUGCCCUUCUCUUCCAAAAUUCUCUUAUAUAAAUAUAUAUCAUUAUAUGUGUCUGUAUUCUACGUGUAUUUGAAGAGACAUAAAGGAUGCACACACUUAAUAUUGCAUCUGAAUCAUCUUCAUGAUUCUAAAUGCCUUCACUUCUUUUAAAGUCAUCCUCAGAGAAUAUCUCAUGCAUAUAUAGUGCAGAUUUAGUUUGCUUAUUUACAGCUUUCUAGAUUAUUUUGUCAGUAAAGAGCCAUCAUAUUUAUCUCAGUUAUUUGCAUCAGUAAUUUGAUUAAAGAUAGUUGGAAGAUGAAGAAACAGGUUGCCUAAAAUAUCCUUGGGAUUUUGGCUUUGUUACCAGAAAUCUUUUGACAUAGAGGAAGAUAAAAAGAAAAGCUUAUGGUGUAGGAUCAUUGGAGAUAAAUUGUGAAGAGUGAAAAAUCAGCUUUGGAGGAAGGGCAAAUAUUUAGCUGUGAGGCAUUGCUAUAGCAAUAAAGAAUCAGUGUCGAGGAUUAAAUGAGAGGAAGGGAAGGAUAAGUAGGGAUAAAGCUGUAUCUGAGGAAUAGAGUCAUAUUUCUUUGCAUGUUUUUAUGCUGUUCUUCUUAAGAAAGUUUGUUGGAAAAAAAAUGAGCUUCAUAUACUAACCUCUGUUUUAUAAAAAGCACACAAGAUGGUUGCAAGUGUUUGGUUUGGCACUGUCACACGUCAGGGGACUUUUGGUAGACAACUGUUUAGGAGACCUGAAACUGAGCCUCUGAGACAGGCUCCUUGAGGUCCAUGAGAUUUAAAUCCAGAUCCAAACAUCUCAUUUUCUGUGGAUGCACACUGUGUGCUCCUACCUGUGAAGCAGGAGGUGGGUAGACCUGCCAGUGCAAGACUCUCCUCCUUCAAAUGCUGAGCCCUCUGCCUGGGGAUGUGGGCACCCUGGGUGCUCUGGUACCUUAUCAGGAGGCACGGAUUACCCCUCAGCUCCUGGAUGGCUAUCCACAUGAUCCCUCCUUCACCAGAAGAUAACAUACAACUCGAAGUAGGAGACACUGAUGGGAAGGAGGACUGUCAGUAUAAAGAAAAUCACUUAGGUGACUUCGGAGGUUGGCAGGAUUUAAUGAGGAAAGGGAAAUGAGGUUGGAGGAGGAAAAUGUUGCUGUAGGGGUUAGGGAACAUGUGAGAACCUGAGAAGGUUUCAGCAGGAAGAGAAGAGGGGGAAGUGAAGGGGACUGGAGUGUGUUGCAUUCAGAAAAAAAAAGGAGAUGUGGAGAGGUGCAGCAAAUGAAGAAGGAAGAGAGGCCUGGGAGGUUUAGGAGAUUAUGGAAGGAAGGUGGUAACACAAGCUAAUGGUCAUAAUGUGGGUUCCUUCGUAGCCUGUCACUUAUUUGAAUUGGGUCUGUUGUUGAUGACAAAAUGCAUAAAAGCAUAUAUUGAUUUCAGGUGUUGCAGAUGAAGGCAGAUUUGUUGAAGUAUGCAUACCUGUGCAUACAGGGCCCAAAGACCUGCUUUUCCAUAGGCUGAGUAUGCUUCUGUCUUUGGAAGCAAUAAGCAGGUGACCACAAAAAGUGACUUUCUGAAAGUAACCUCCUUGGGGACAUCAGUACUUAGAGAAGCACCAGAUAAGACUGGAAAAUUUUCAUUCUCUGGAAAAUGGAAUCAGACUCGUCCUCAUUUCCUACUCUGAUUAUUUGUCAUUUCUUCUUUUUGAAUGCUUCUCUUUGACAAAACUAAUCAGUACCUAGUGUCCAAACAGCAAAUAAGACAUACUUCAUCACUAACGUAUAUCAGUGCCUAAAGAGCCUCAUGUCUCACACAAGACCUUCCUAAGACUUCUUCUUGUCAUUAGAUCCGAUUCGUAAUUCUGACCCACAGAUCCACAGCCCUGUUAAUUUUCAAAUCCGUUUGUUUUGGUUCAGAAAGCCUUUGAAUAAAAAGGGCUGCAUCCUGACAUAUUGUCAUAUCCAAGAAUCAACAGCUCUGGCAUGUGAAAAGGUCAUGCCACCAAGCAUUAACAUUUCAGAAUAGCAAAUAUAGUAAUUCAUUUAAGUAAGGAUGAUUUUUUUUUUUUUUUUCUGCUUGGUAGUAAUAGAUGCAAUAGAUGCAGGAGGAAAGACUGGGAAGGAUCCAAAUCAGGUUCUGUGCCAAUGUCAUCUUCUUAAAAUAGACACCCAGAGAAGUUGAGAUUGAAUGACUGAGUCAUUCCAAUAAGCACAGGAAAGUGUUCAUGCAUGGAAAUGAAAGUGUUCAUGCAUUAAAAGGAAAGUGGAGCUAUUGCAGGAGGCAACCAUGGAGUGCAAGAACUUAGAGAAGGGGCUCUUUAUUGCCACCUCAUAUGCUUUGAACAAAGUGAAUAAAUUCCUUCAGAAGAGAGCAGUUCUGUAUACUGUCCACGGCUUUUCAGCUUCUCCCAAGCAGGGAAAGGGCCAGAACUGAUAGACAGACCCUUGGGCACUGAUUCGUCCUACUAACAAAUGCCCAGGUACUAUUUGUUGGUGGACAAAUCAUAAGCAAAGGAAAGGACAGGCUGAGGACACCAAAAAGACCAUCAUGUUCCAAAAAUGCCAUGUUUUGAGGGGGUUGUAUUUAAACACUCUGAAGAUUUUUUUCUUCCCAUUUGUAGAAAAUUUUUGUUCAAAAAUCUGAAAAUACCUGGGCUCAAGCCUAUUCUUGCUAGCAAGAGAGUACUCUUUUCAGCAUUAAAAUCCUGAAUCACUAAUGAAGUUGACAAUUAUGUCCCAACUGUUCUGAAAAUACCUUCUGAAUACACAGAAACACAGUUCUAGCUAGAUUUAUUGUCAGUUUAAUUAUACUUCCAGUUCAGUACAGUUUAACUAUGCACUCAGCACAUACAUGGACUGUAAGCUCAUUGGUGCAGAGUCUUUCUUUUAGUUUUGUACAGAUCCUGGUUUGAUUGAGCCCUCAUUUUGAUAGGUCAUUACUGUCUUACAAAAUGGUAGAGCGUGUAUCUGUUAGCAAAUAAAACAGUAGCAUAUCAGAUGGAAUAAGAAAUUUUCAUCAUUUCUUUAUUUACCCCAUAUCUGAAUGCUUAUUACUUCCAGUACCCUUAUGUGCUAUGAAUAUUUUAAUUACGUUACAAGCUGCCCUGUGAGUAUCAGAACAAGUAGACUCAGGCUUCUUUUGGUUUUGCAUCUUCUUGGCUCUACAGCUCCAUUGUCCAGCCCCAGCUCGUCUCUGCUAAGUUCCCUUCAAGACCCAUCUUCAAUAUUAAGAAAAUACCCUGACACAGAAAUGAAAGCAAAAUAAUUUCUCACAUUUUUGGCCAUCUGGUCAAAUAUGGACAAACUGAACGAGACCCAAACUGAAGGGCCAACUGUGUAUCAUCAGACUAGUCAGCUCACUGAAGAACAAUAUUUUUUUUGU